AUGGACAUUACGCACCCAGAAGGCUCGAUCGGGCGUGUGGUUGAACGCAAGCGCAUGGAGUUUGUGAUGGAUAUUUUGAUGGUUGGAUCGGACUUUCAAACGACGCUGGGAAUCGCGUAUAUGAUCACUACCUUCGCACAAGUACGAGUCCUUACUAUCCCCUUCCCCAUGAAGUUUUUCGGUAUCGCUGACAUGUCAUUACUUUCCCACCAGGGCAUGAUAAUGGAUACCUACCACCUCCACCUCGUUUUCGACAUCUCUAGCUUUGUCGGAGUAUCAAAUACGGCUGCGCUGGUCUGUUGGAGAUACUGUCGUGCUAAAAUCAGCGAACCUGAUGCUAAGAGCCGUGGCCUCCGCGAACGUGUAUCAUGGUUUGACCGCCGAUAUCGAGCUGCUUAUAUUUUCCUCGCAUUAUACCUUGCCCUGACAAUAUGGCUCGAGCUUCGCCUGGAUGAAUGGGCUCCGAACAAGGAGCCCGGUCGCUGCUAUCAUUCGCACCUGGUGACGAGCCCAUCAGCCUCGCACCCAGCCGCAGAUAAGAUCUAUGUGGCUUUCACCAGUGCUUGGCUCAUGCUUGUCGUUCUAUCUAGCGUUUUUGCUGGAGUUGGUAAGAGACGUGCGAUUCUGAUUCUAUGCGCACUCCACUUCCCCUUGCAUCUUUACAUGGCGAUUGCUCUUCGACAGGCAAAUCAUGGAAAGUUCGAAGGCGAAACAAAUAACGAGAAUGAAUGGGACUUUGGCCAAACAACAGCAGUUCUACUAUUGGGAAUUGCUGUUGUAGAGCUGGUUACUAAAGGGAAGGAAUAUUAUGACUUCGAGACUCAUGUGGCUAAGCAUGGAGUGCCCCCGCCUCCGCCUGCAGAUGGUCUCUCGGUCCAGAAGGAUGAGGAAUCCAGCAAUGGAAACUAUCUUCUUAACCCUGUUCGUCAAGAUGAAGCCACCAGCGAGGAGAGGCAGCAAAUUGGGGAAGGUCACUCUCCGACCACAAAAAAUGGAUAUCAGCGGGUCGGAAGCUAA